AAGUGGCAAGAUGAUUCUGGGACUGGUUUUUCUAAGCACUUUUAUAUGCCUAAGCGAACAAUAUGAAGACACGGAAUUCUCUAAACGCAAAGAGCCACACUCUUUUCUUCAAUACAACAGCUUGCACGAACCGACUCAUUUCCAAUUCUCAAGCUUCGGAUCUCAGUCCUCAAGCGUUGAGAGCAACCAACAGCAACCUGCAGGAGAGUUCGUCAGAAGGCCUUACGGAGGCUACCAGAAUGGUCUCGAUGACAAACUUCGAGAUGUGAGAGAUUUCGAGGACCAUCAAAGGAUCAACAAGUUUCCGGAGGCACGGGAUUACGAGAGCAGGCAGAGCGAUGAGAAAUUUCACGGGAUUUCACGCGAUUUUGAAAGAAGGCAUUACGAUGGAAAUUUUCAAGGGCCCAAGGAGUUUUCCGGCCGACCAAGAAACGACAAGUACCAAGGGACGACCAACUAUGAACCUCGAGAAAGAAAUGAUAAAUAUCAAGGGGUGAAAGAUUUGCAGAUCCGAAGACUUGAUAAAUUUCAAGGACCGAGAGAUUUGGAGCCUAGAAAUAUUAGGUACGAAGACGGAUUUCGAGGUGUCCCAGAUAACGAACCUGUAAGACCCAAGCGACUGUCCAAGCCGUGGUCUUCAUCCCAUUUUGUAGAAAGCCGAGGGCGUCAAAAAAGACCAAGAAUGGCUGGUAGUCCGAGACGAGCCAGGGAAAAUUUCGUUCUUGAUGGCAAAAGACCUUUCAUAGCAGAAGUUAAAAGAAGUCCCAGAAUCGUCAAGUACAUCGCAGAUAAGAAUGGAUUCGCCAUCCGGGAAGAUCUGAUGAAACCUCUUCAAGAAACCAUUGAUCGAACUCGCCAAGAGUCCCGGCGAAGAAUCGUCACUGCUUCGGCCGCUGGGUUACCCCAGAGUUCCCUGAUGUCUCAAGUGGUCACUUCUGCCAUCCGCGUGGCCGGGCAGUCUCAGGGCAGUGGAGACGGAAAGUUCCUACCGCAGAUAUUCGAUCUUAGUGUAGGAAAGAAACCGAACCACAUCGACAUAGAUAAAUUAGCCUAUUCUUUGGGUGCAAAGGAGUUGAUUGUGUAG